AUUUUCGCGAUGGAUCCCGUGACAGCUGUGUUGUUAGCUGGCCUUUUUGUGGGGUUUAUGAACUCAUUACACGAAGUGCCAAAGUGCCAGAUUAAAACGUCGCCGACUGCGCCCCUAAUAGUGACCACCAACGGUUCCCAAACCAUACUAUCUGGAUAUUCCGGAUUGAUAGAACGAAAUAAAAGCGAGGAGAUACAGUUUUAUUGCGGCACUGGGUUUAUUUUCAAAAAUGACGGCCAGGAUCAGUUCGUUUCUGACCACAGGCUGGAAACGCUCAUCUGCCAGCCAGAUGGUAGCUUUCUUCUGGAAAGCCAUGGACUAAACAUCCGCGGAGACAAGAGGAGUGUCCAAUGUCGGAACGGAGUGGCUGGCUUGUUCGAGAGUCGGGUUAGCUUACCCGACUGCAGGGACCAGUGGACUCUGGUUUUGGGCCACGACUUUCAGGAAAUGGGCUCCAUCAAGAGUGUAGCCAUGUGCUAUGAUAUCAUCAAAGCCAAUCUGAAAUAUUUAACCUAUACAACGUUUCCCGAGGGGCAAAGAGUUCUCGAAAAGACUCACUUGGGAGAGCUAAACAAUCUUGGGCUCGAUUUAAGAGUGGACCCUAGUGAACGGCUCUUUAAAAUGGCCAGCCAGGCGGAUGUGGAUGCAUUCUGGAGCAAGGAGAAGGCUCUUUCGCAGAUGUUCGGCACCGGACCCUUCGACUAUGCCAGUUUGGUGCAGGACAAGGCCCCGGGCGCCCAGGUGGCCGGCUACGAGGCUAUGAUGAGCGUCGUCUGGCUGCAUAGCCUGCGCACCGGGAACUGGAGGCACUGGAUCGCGGCUCUGCGAUCGGCCAGUGAAUCCGGCGACCAAUUCGAAGUCCGCCUCGGUGUCUCUGGCCGGGAACUGGUCAUCGACCUUGCGGACGGCAACGCCCUUUCCGUUCCCGCCCACAUUUGGGCCCAUGUGCGCGCCCUGCAGCCGACUGGAGCGUCCGAGGACGAGUUCGUCCUUGUAGGCCAUAACUCUCCGUUUUUACGAAUCGAUCCAUCUGGCGAACUUUGCCCAUCGAUGUGCGAUCAGGUGUCCUGGCUGAAGGACACCCUUUUCGCCAGUCUCCACCGCUAUCCCAUCAACGGCUUGAUGCUGUGCUGCCGAGUGGAGGAUGUGGCCCAGAAACUGGACUCCUUUUACGGAUCAGCAGCGCAGGCCACAGGCACCACUGAAAACUCAAAGGCGCUCGAGGAGUAGAUUCAAAAUGAAUACUUGCAAAAAUACAUUUGUAAACAAUAAAUAUUGACUUGAACAAAUAAA